GCAGUGGUGCCAUUUCUAGGGAAUUCUCCCUAGUUCUAGGGAGAAUUUACGAUGUUUUCUAGUUCUAGGGACUUUUAGGGAAAUAGGGAAAUUCUAGGGAUUUUUUACCGUUUCAAAAAAAAGAUUAAUGAAUACUUGAAUUCCAAUCUAUUGCAAAAACUAACCGGACCCUGUUAACAUAAUUGUUAAAUAAAACAGUAUACAGCUUUGCUAAUUAUAAGGUUGGUUGUACUGUACAUCUUCUGUGUGAAUCACCGAUAAGUUCUCCGCCACCUGCCGCCACCGACGACUGUAUUACGCAUACCCAGUUCAAUAUUAAAGUGUGACCCGACGUUUUUGAGAGAAUCUUUGUUCAAAGUUUUUAAGUUUAGUUUUGUGAUGAUGGAGUCCGAUACAGCAGAAAAUUCUGAUCAAAUGGAUCAACCCUCUACGAAAACAAAAAAAAGAAACAAAAUAGGAAGUGAAUCAUUAAAUGCCGUAUGUGUUACAAGAUUUUCGUCUGAUAAUUGCUGCCAGUCAUUUAAAGUAACUGGUGAGCAUCUUAAACUAAUGAGCCAAAAAAAGUUGUACUCAAAAGAUUAGUGGCAAGUAAUGUAUUAUUUUAAGUUAGAUAAUUAAGAAAAUUCCGUUUUUUAAUCUAAUAAAGUUUUAUCAUUAAAUGUAAUUUUUAAUAUAUUUUUUUUAAACCAUAUUAUGAAUUCAAUACGUAAUACAGAAAAAAUUGGGAGUGGCGAGUAGACAGAAAAAACAGGGUAGACUUAGAAAAUAAAAAUCUAGGGAAUUCUAGGGGAAAAAAAAUAGAAUGUUAGGGAUUUUUAGCAGAAUUCGUCUGGCAACACUG